AUGGUUGAAGGAAAAUGGUAUUCAAUAGUUGGUUAUAUGUAUAUGAAUUCCAAUUCAGGAGCAUUUUCCAUUUGGAAAUCUCGUAAAAGAAUGUUUUUUGCAUUAGAUGAAAGUGAGAAUCGUCUGCAGAAAAGCCCGAUCGGUACUAUUUCAUUGGUGAAUGCUGCAUGCACAACGAUUGAUGAAAUCUCUACCGCUAUUUCAAUACGAGUUGGUGGUAAAAACUAUGAAAUCAUUGCUGAAAACGAUUCAUGUGCUGAAAAAUGGUUGAAUGCUUUACAAAAUCGUCGUGAUGGACUUGAUCAAAAUCAAAAUAUAAGAAAAGAUAUGUGCAGCGAGUGCAUUAAUGACAUGAUGUCACGUUCUCGAUCAACAUCACUACCUGUAUGUUCAUUUAAUCAAAGGCAUCAAAAUGAAAUGAAUGAUCAGUUGAGCGUGAACGAUAUGUUCAGCGAUCGUUUGGUUAGUAAUUAUAAAUCUGAUCCACAUGGCUAUUUCCAGCAGUCACCAAUUAAUCGAUACCAGAAGUCGUGUAAGCGAAAAUUUACAGACAAUUUCUCAGAUUUCAUGCUUCAUGUAAAAAUUUCUCAAAAUUGUUUUGGCAACAUUACUUAA